AUGAUAAAGCCCACAAAUCCUGAGUCUUAUGCUCUGAUUACAUGGACUGACAGUUUGCAAUUUAAGGCCUGUUUCUUAUCUUUUGCAGCUCAAGUGAAAGGAUUCGUAGGUGGUUGUAGACCUAUCAUAAGAAUAGAUGGUGCACAUUUAAGUGGAUAUUACAAAGGGGUUAUGCUCACUGCAGUUGCAAUAGAUGGGAAUAAAGAGAUUUUUGUGUUAGCCUAUGAGAUUGUUGACACAGAGAGCAUAGAUUCCUGGACUUAUUUUUUCAGAAACUUGAGGAGCUUGUUUGCUCAGUAUGAAUCUCAGAAAGAAGACUGGACUUUUAUCAGUGACAGGAUGAGGGGAGUUGAAUCAGCAUUGUUUGAGGUGUUCCCAAGAGCUACGAGGAGAAUAUGCUGCCAGCAUUUGUACUCAAAUUGCAAGGCUGCAGGAUGGAGUGGGGCAACAUUUCAUAAGAUGUUUUGGAUUGCGGCAAAUGCCUACAAUGAGUACGUUUUUGAAAAAGCUAUGUCCAAGAUAAAAGAUUUUGAUGCAGCAGCAUAUGACUAUCUCAAAAAUGUAGAAGAGCAGUGGAGUGUGCACAUGCUUGACAGGACAGUUUGUUGUGAUCAUAACACAACAAACUUCGUAGAGUCAUUCAAUGCAAUAACAAAGGCCAACAGGGACAUGCCUGUGUUGACAUUGCUGGAAGCUGGUGGCGGAGAGUUUGAGGUGAGGGAUGGCCAUGUCAAGUUCCCUGUCACCCUUGGAAAUAUAGCUUGUGGGUGUGGGAAAUGGCAAGGAUCAGAGAUCCCUUGCAAGCAUGGGCUAAAGGUCAUUUACAACCAGAGACUUGAUCCUAGAGACUUUGUCUCACCUUUCUACAAAGGGUUGCUUACAAACUCACUUAUGGAGACCACAUCCACCCCAUGA